GUUAGGCUGACGACUCACGUAAAACUGUUAUCUUAAUGAAGACGCGUCAUAAAUGGCUGAUUCUUGACCUAAUUUGUUAGGGACCAUUUAUGUUUUUUCCCCCGACCCGGGUUCUUACUUCGGUUAAUUGUUUUAUCACGCGAUCCAAAUAAACUUCGAAACAUUUUGUAAAUGCUCUAAAGGCUGUUCAAUCCAACUCAGUUGGUUGACUGUGAGCUAGUUUUAAGGUCCUGGUAUGUCACCAUCCAUGUACCAAAUUAAGAUGCUCUCUACAGCUUCAAGCUAAUUCGGGACUAACACACUUACUUGAUUUUACAAACAUUCUUAGUUCAGCUCUUUCAUCUUGUACUUAUACAUAAUCUUUUCCGCUCCUUCAUUAGAUCUUCAUAGAUGUGGAUCACUGCAGUUUGAUUCUCUGAAAUGCUUAUCAGUUUAAAGUUCAGUGAAAGUUCAGGUUAUAUAAAUGGCACCAGAAAAGCCGCUGGUGUCUGAAGUUGAACAUGCAGUUGCGAUGGUUCAGAAUGGUGCCCUCAGUGCUCAUUUUUUAACUGCGCCCAAUAAGUUCAAUAUCAAGGAAGAGUUUGAAAUCGAAGUCGAAGCGACUGCUGCUGAGGUUGAUUUUACGCAAACCGGUUGUUUGAAACAGGAAUCAACAGAUAACUCUAAAAACAAGCCUGGGAAAUCAGACGAUGAUUUAACUUCUUUAUCUUGGCUUCAAGAUAAAAACUUGUUGAAAGGGAUUAAACUGCGUCCAAACGCCUCAGCUUCUGCGGGAGCAGUCAGCAAGACACCUGGAACAAAUGUUCCUAGCGAUACCCAAGAAUCACCGACUAGUGAUUUUGUAGACGAUUCAGCGAGCGAUUCGACUUGUUCUAGUGUGAAUUCUUCAAGCCCCACCCCUAUGUCUGCUGUAGGAACUCCCAAAAAACACCCCCAUCACAUACCCUAUGAUCCCAAGAUCCAUGUCACAUCAAAACCUCCCUAUUCAUUUUCUUGCCUCAUCUUCAUGGCAAUUGAUGACUCCUCGAUGAAAGCGUUGCCUGUGAAAGAAAUUUACAACUGGAUCCUAGAACACUUCCCAUUCUACAGGAAUGCGCCUACUGGAUGGAAGAACAGCGUCCGUCAUAAUCUUUCCCUAAACAAGUGCUUCACCAAAGUGGAAAAAGCUCCCAAUCUAGGGAAAGGCUCAUUGUGGAUGGUUGACCCUAAUUACAGACCGAAUUUGGUUCAAGCAAUCACAAAAACUCCUAAUAACCCUUACAAGACAUGGAAUGUUAAACAGAACAGACCUCUUCAUGACACCAGUUCUGGAAGCUCAUCUGUGAAACAAGAAGAAAAUGAUUGCAUAGAUGAUGUUGAUGCAGCAACGGCGAUGAUCACACUCAAGCACAACAUCCUUUUGAAAUCAUCAGGUGAAAGGCCGCCCAUUGUAACUUCCUGUCCAAGUGCUGAUCAUAACUAUAUCGUGGACCAGAUAAGUGAUGGAAUAGGAAGAAGUGAACCAACCUCAUCUGAUGAAGCAUUUGCAGAUGGAACUGACUCAGACCAUAGUGGCUCAGCGUUGGAACAGAAAUUUGCAACUGCAAAAAGACUCGAAGAUGCUGAGGAACAGAGGAAAAUUGCGGAAGGGGCUGACGCCUUGCUGAAUCUGGCUGGUGCAGGGAUACAUUAUACAGAAGUUGCAUCAGAUAGGAUCGACUCGGUGGGUAUUAAGCGAAAGCGGAAGGCAAGUCUCUCAGGGGAAGAGGACUUCACAAACCACCCCAAAGUCGCUUUCAAACCGCGUAUAGUUCGUAAUAGUAAAGUCAAAUCUUCCUCAAGUCCAAACAAGUGGAAAAACUUCACUGACAAAGAAGCAGACUAUGUUAAGAAUAAGUGGAAACCAUUCACUCAAAGUAGCGUCCUUACCAGUAACAUUGUGAGCAGCAGUAACAGUGAGAGUGACAACAACAACACUAUCUUAUAUAUCGAAAGCAAUUCUGGUAGCUCGAGUGUGAAUCGAAAUAUAAAAGUGAAGAGAAAGCUCAGUAGUGCGUUUGCAAGUAAUGAUGCAAAGAAUAGAUGAAAUUGUAAGUAGUUUUUGUUACUUCGUCAAGAAUAGUUUUGGUCUAAUUUGUUGAUUUAUUCUGUAGAAACUAAGUUGUUAGAUUUGUUUUAUAUAUAUUUUUUGGUUGAGGUGUUCUAUUCACUAUCAAUGAUUGAUUUCAACUCUCCAACACUAGAUGCGGGUCUUCGUUUUCCGUGUCUGAGAAGCUGUGUUAUUUCAAGACUUUUAAUUCAGAAUUUCUGGAAAAGUCUUCAGACCCAAUAAAAAAUAAUUCUUAAUUGCUCUGCAGCUCAGACAAUACUGAGUUUUCUGCCGAGUCCAUACUUGUAUCGUCUAGCAGCGAUAUAGAGUUCCUAAGCAAUAGUUGCAGUAGCUGUUCGUGGGUCUCUUACAGAAAUAAUUACAAAGUAUUUAUCAUGAAAAUAACUGAGAGGUGGCGCUAGCGUAGCCAAAAUGAUUAGUAAAGAUUUGAACUUAGUUUUUCAGCAGCUGCAUUUUUAGCUCAUUUUAGCUCCAGAAAAAAUGGUGUGGCGACUUUUAAGUCAAAUUCAUCAUUGAUUUCAAUCUCUCUCUAGUUACCUUUUUUUUUUAUCAAAUCUAAGUGAGCGUAUUAUGGUUUUGAUAGGAAAUUUUGAAAUACCAUGUUGUCUACAUGACAGUUGUCUCUACUAAAUUUUGGAGUUUAAAAAGCUACGCUAGGUAUGAUAACAUUGUAUAAGUAAAGCCCCUCAGUAAUACAAGUAGUGACAAAGCUCUCAGUAAUAAUUAGUCUCUAUGGAGUUAAAUUGAAGUCUGAUUUUAUAUCAUCCAGAAUUCAUCAGAGUUCAACAUUUUUUGAAUAGAGAUGCACUAUCACAGAUUUGUUUUCACACUUCAAGGACAGAUAAAUCCAGAAUUCAGUGCUUGUAGAAUCUUAUUUGCAGCAAAAUUGAUGAGUCCUUCUUAAACCGUACCCUUAACCCCCUUAGGAAGAAUGGUUUUGAGAUUCAAUGCCUUAGGCAAAACGUGUUGAACUUGUUUGCUGUCACAGUAAUCCGGCACCAAUUUUCACUCAGGCCACUAAAUUCACGGAAGUGGAUGGAGUAACUGUGCUGAUGCCCUCUCAAAGAUAUUCUAUUGUACUACCAGUUAGUCCAAAUCAUGUGAAGAUUUGUUGACUUAAAGAAUUCAAUCAAGUGAUCGCUGGUCGUUCUUACCAGUUGGCUCCCAUGAAAUGGAUCAAUGCCUGGUUAAAUUACAUAAUGGGCAUGCUGUGAACGUGUUCGAGUAUGAUUUCGUGUAGGAGGUGAUUUUGCAUCUUAAGGAGAAGUUUCAAAACUAUUCUAAGGCUGAAAUGAGGUCAAAAGGCACACAUGCUCUUUCUUAUCUGUUUGCUCCGGCAAGUUCUUCCCUUAAUUCAGAGCUUUAGGGAAAAUGCACCCUGACUGCCCCCCUGUUUUUGAUCCAUACAUGAAUGAAUUAUUGCUUGUAUUUAUUUUUCCUCUAGUCUCUAUACUUUGAAUUUUUUUCUCUCCCUUUUUAAUCGUUAAACAACUUUCUUUUAUGAUGACUAUCGUUUUUAAAUCACUAUUUUUUUAAAGAGAGCAUCGUUCUUCUUAAUUUGUAUUUUUCAUGGAACCUGCGGAGCUAUAGGUAUUUUAUGACUGUACCUAGCCCAAACUGACAAGUCUGAAUCGAAAUGGUUUUGCAACGUAACCCGAGGCAGAAAUUCUCAUUUCCCGUUGGUCAGUGAUUUAUUUGAUGACAUCAAUAAUCUUUCCAUAGAAUUUUUUUUCUCCCUGUUUUUCCAGGCUAUGUCUGUAGUUUCAAUCAUCAUUCAAUUUGUUAUCGGUUUAUUUCCUUUCACAUAUGUACCUUUGCCUGUUGCUUGUUUCAGAAGUGAUUGUCAAUGAUCUUUCAGAAACGAUCGGUUUAUGGUCUUUCUGGAAAGAUUGUCAAAUUGUCAAUGAUCUUCACCUCUAGUAGUUAAGCUGCUGCUAGUGGCAUCCUUGUAAUAUAUCUGUUUUGUUUGGAUACUGAUAAUACUUGAAAUAGAUUGGAACAUGGGAGGGCUUUUUAGAUUUUCUGUCCAGUUGAUCAGUUUAUUCCGUGAUAAUGCUCCUGCUUCACCAAUAUGUCAUAAGCUGCGUAAUUAGAGGAAUUGAAAAGUUAGAUGGCCUCUACUUUCAACGAUCCUGAGGUUUCAGACACAACUAGGUGGUAGUUUUUAAUUUUAACUUAAGAUGACUUGAUUCAUGUCAAAUGGUGUAGAAAGUUUGUUACAAGCGAAAUGUCAAACAAUUCCAUGCAAUUUGCUUUCUGCAGUCUGUUAUCUUUAAAGUCACCUCAUUUUCUAAAUUAUCUGAAGGUGAUCAUUCUUCUGUCUCUUUUUCAACAAUUUUCCACUGCUUUCAAUGGCCGCUAGUUUCAAUCAAGGCGUUCCCUUGAUUUUCCAUUAUUUUAUCACCUACUUUUUCUUGAUCAGUCAAUUUGUCUGAGGAGUUAGUUUCCUUUAUUUUAAAAAUACAUGAAAACAUAAUUUUACACGUACUAAACAUGACUGCUAGUCAUCUUCGGUGUAAGUUGACAAGGAAUUUUUAUUGGAAAUUUGUUUUAGUUGUCUUGUAGGUAUCUAUUUUUUACCACUGAACUGUUGGAUCAUUAUUUUUAUGAUCAUUUUUAUUUUUUGACUUAUCAUUAAAAAUGCUGAUUUUGGUGUGCAAUGAACAGAAUAAGUGCUUAAAUCAAAGAAUGUUUUGAUUUCGAAUACCUUAGAAUCAGAGGGUGUUGUCUUGUAAAAUAAUUUGAGGAUGUCAGUGUCUUAUCCAAUCAGAGCAUUGAUGUUAAAAAGUUGAUGAUCAGAGUAAUGGUAUUUUCUUUUCUUUUCUCUGUAGAGCCACCUCAAGAGGCUAAAUAUUCCCAGUAGUAAUUUUACCAUCAAAUACCUCUAUUUACGCAUCUUAUGCUGUAUCCAUGUAAUCUGUUUCUAGAAUCUAAUUUUUUGUAUCUUGUGCCCUCUCUUUGAAAAUAUUAAUCAUCAGGUAUCAAACUAAGUUGCCUCCUAAAUAUUCAAUCGUUGAUAUUGAGGGAAUUGUGUACCUAUUUUUAAGCAUAUGUAAUACUUUUAAAUGUAGUACAAGCAAUCAUUUUAUUUCUUCCUUUUAUUUAGGUUUAACGUUUGGCUCAGUCAAGAGAUCAACAAUUUCAGUCUGUACCUACUGUUUGAGGCCAAAUUACUUUUAGCAGAAAGUUGUUUGUUUUAUUUCAUCUAGGGUGUUAUCUGUCGAGUCAAUUAAAGUGAAAUUUGUAUAUUUUAAACGAGAAUAGCGUCAUUGUAAGUUAUUUUUUUCUGCUUGCAGUUUUCUAAGCGUCAGAUAUCUAAACUCUUUUAAGUAUUCUCUCUUAUCAGCUAUUCCUCAACCGUUCUGUUCUGAUGUGACUCGAAGGAAAAGUUUCUGAACAUGUCAAUUCUCAAAUAUUGAUUUUCUUGAUUUGGUGCUUGUAGGCUAGAAAGAAGGCUGAAAGUCUGAAUGCUCAGCUCUUUCUCCUUUUUUUUGCAUUUAGAUCAGAGAGUUGUUAAUUUUUUUUUUUUUGAUGAUCAAGUUUCUUGUUUUUUGCUGGUUAAAUUUUUACCCUCAGUUAUCAAGGGGCCCCCAAACGUCAAGUCUGCGGCAUGAGAUGUGAUUUUUGUGUAUUUUUGGAAGAUAAAUACACAGUUGUUUUUGAUCCUCAAAAACUGAAUACACUGAAUGGGUGCCCUUAUUUAUUGGUUAAUGGCUUUUGUUUACCAAUAUCCUACUUUCUCUAACAGAUAAAAGAUUCUUCUGAUCAUCAGAACCCCCAUCGGUAUUUGUUUCUAAGCUCCAAAAAAACGAAUGUAUUAAAACAAUGAAGGGGUGCUUUUCUGAAAUAAAAUUCUAUGACUUUUAAUUUUAUAUAUCCCUUGUCUGCAUUUUUUUCUGCUGAAGUUUUAAAAUGUCACUACUCUUCUUUUUGAUUAUGGCAUACACCAGUCCUCGACAGCCUAAUUUUAUCUAUAUCAUUCAAAUAUCCUGUUGCUCUCUCUGGAAGAAAAAAACAAGUACAAGAAAUAGAAAACCCCCAAAUGCUCCAGUUUUCAGAGGCACUUAAAAUUUGGCAUGUACAUAAAUUUUCCUCUCGCAGAUGUAUUCAGGAAAAUUUCAAAAUUUCAUAGUUUCUGUCCUCUCUUCCCCUGAAGUUGAAGAAUGGAAUCAGACAAGCAUCCCUUUUUGCAAUUCAAGUUACUGCUGCUGAAAUGAUUUUUCUGCCCAACCGCAUCUAAUUUGUCAAAUUGUAUUUUUCUCAUUCAAAAUGAUUGACUCAGGAAAAUUUUAACAUACAGCUGUUGUUGAGUAUUUUUUAUAGUGAUCAUGUAAGUGAGAAUUGUCUUCAAGUUUUCUUGUUUUGAAUGAAGAGGUGAAUAAAGGAAAUUUCUCUAUCGGUUAGAGGCAUUAGAUGUAUUUCUCUCUCCAGUGCCUCGUUUUAGUGAAGUGUUUCCUUUCUACUUCGUAUCGCAAGACAUUUUGUAUCUUUACUAUCUAUGACUCUUCUCUUAAGAUCCGAAAACAUUUGCUUCCAAAUUUAGUUUUUAUUCUUUAAAAAUUAGCUCAGUUGAACGCAUCAUUCGAAUCAAUGUUUUCUGUUGUUGGUUUCAAAGUGCACGUUUUAAAAGAGUAAUUCCUUGGAAAUGGGUUAGUUCCAAGUUUUUUUUUCUUUCUUUUUUUUUCUCCUGUUAAAUUUGAAACCUUAACUUUAGUUUUGAAACAAUGUGAUAAACAAGAAUUGAAGAUUAAUAUUAUGAAUAAUUAUUGCGAAAUAAAAUUCUAAAUAGCAUCAAUGA